AAAUACGAUACAUUCUUCGUUUUGCUCCCAAUUUUUAUUCCCAUCGUCUUCUUCCUCUCUCUCGCAGAUCAGUCAACAAACUACGAUAAUGGAGGUUCAAUCGCAGCCCCUUUCAACGUCCUUGGACCGCACUCCGUUCUCAUACCCUCUCGACUCCACCGGCAUAUACUCUCUUCCUCCUGAAAAUCCCCAACUCUCUUCUUCCGGCGACGCUCCGGUGACUGGUACUUCGAAACGGGACGCAUUCGCUGGCGAUCCCUCAAACGUGGUCGCGAAACCGAUACAGAUGAUCAACGGAUACGGCGACGGCUGUGAUGACGUGGACGCGGCACUGCAGCGGUCGGCGGUGAAGCUGCAGAAAGUGUACAGGAGUUACCGGACCCGCCGACUGUUGGCGGAUUCUGCCGUUGUCGUCGAAGAGCUUUGGUGGUUUGCUUUAGACUACGCUAGAUUGAAUCACAGUACGAUUUCCUUCUUCAAUUUCUUGAAACCUGAAUCGGCUUCUUCUCGUUGGAACCGAGUCACUUUGAAUGCUUCGAAGGUGGGAAAGGGGCUGUCGAAGGAUUCCAAAGCUCAGAAACUUGCUUUUCAGCAUUGGAUCGAAGCUAUUGAUCCAAGACAUAGAUAUGGACAUAGUUUGCAUUUGUACUAUGAAGAAUGGCGUAAAGCAGAAGCUGGUCAGCCAUUUUUCUACUGGCUUGAUAUUGGAGAUGGAAAAGAUGUUGACCUUAAAGAAUGCCCAAGAUCGAAGCUCCGACAGCAAACCAUCAAGUAUCUUGGACCUCAAGAGCGAGAAAACUAUGAAUAUAUCAUUGUGGAUGGGAAAAUCGUCCAUAAACAAAAUGGAAGGUUUCUUGAUACAAAGAGAGGAUCAAAAGGAACCAAGUGGAUAUUUGUAAUGAGCACUUUUAAGAAGCUUUAUGCUGGUGAGAAGAAGAAGGGAGCUUUCCACCACUCAAGUUUCUUGGCAGGCGGAGCCACGUUGGCUGCUGGGAGGCUAGAGGUAGAUGAUGGAGUUCUUAAGGCAAUCUCAGCAUAUAGUGGACAUUAUAAGCCCACUGAUGACCAUCUCAACGUCUUCUUGAUGUUCCUCGAGGAAAACGGCGUGGUUCUCAAGAAUGUGGAGGUUCAUCGCUCAAAUGAAAAUUCUGAAAGCUAUGAUGAUCUGAAACCAGUGAGACAAGGUCAAAGAAAGGCCGAUUUUGUGGGCAAACUAGAAGCACUUGACAUCAAAACUUCCUCAAAAUCAGCUCAGAUCUCUCAAGUUGGAGGCAAAGGAGAAUACAAAAGGACAUUAUCUGGUGGCCUGAAGAGCCCGAGAGCCUACGUACCGGAGAAGGCGAUAUUGCAGAGAAUCAACUCGAAGAAGAUAGCGAACUCUUAUCAGUUAGGCCAUCAGCUUUCACUCAAAUGGACAACUGGAGCUGGUCCGAGAAUUGGAUGUGUUGCUGACUACCCGGUUGAGCUUCGAGCACAGGCAUUGGAGCUUGUUAACCUAUCUCCGAGGUCUCCCCCAACCCCGUCGAAGAGGAUGUCGUCAGGUUUUCCGACCCCCACAACUUCGACAAAGGGUACUUUCAAUGGUAGCAAUGGGUCCAUGAUGCUAUUGUAAACCAUUUGGAAUGUAACCGGUCUUUAAAUUUU